UCAUCUUCUGCAAACAUGAUUCAAAGAGCUGCAUUUUUUCGCAAAUUAAUUGGAUCUUCUUCUCUACCAUCAAAGUUUGGAGCUAGGUACUCUACAGCUCAGGCUGCAACUUCUAUACAAGCUAUAGAACAAAGUGAUGAUGAGUCCAUUGACAUUGAUUGGGAGAAUCUUGGGUUCAAUUUAAUACCAACUGAUUAUAUGUACCAAACAAAAAGUUGCGAAAAUGGUCAUUUCAAACAAGGCCAGCUUAAUCCCUAUGGCAACAUCCAAUUGAGCCCCUCUGCUGGUGUCUUAAACUAUGGACAGGGUAUUUUUGAAGGUACAAAAGCGUAUAGAAGAGAUGAUGGACGUUUAUUUCUAUUUCGUCCUCAACAAAAUGCAAUGAGAAUGCAAAUUGGUGCUGAAAGAAUGUGCAUGCCUUGUCCUUCUAUUGAUCAAUUUGUGGAUGCUGUGAAACAAACUGCUCUGGCUAACAAGCGUUUUGAAGGGACAUCUUCAUUGAACUUGUAUGUUGAAGAAGACUUUCAUCGUGCCUCGCGUGGUGGAGUUGGAGGUGUCAAAAGCAUUACUAAUUAUGCCCCGGUUUUAAGAGCUGUAAAAAGUGCUAAAGAGAAAGGAUUCUCAGAUGUAUUAUACCUUGACUCUAUAAAUAAGAGAUACAUUGAAGAGGUCUCUUCUUGUAACAUUUUCCUUGUGAAGGGAAAAAUCAUUUCAACUCCAGCAACAAGUGGAACUAUUCUUGAAGGAGUGACAAGAAAAAGUAUCAUGGACAUUGCACAUGAUCUUGGUUACCAGGUUGAAGAACGUUUAAUUGAAGUAGAGGAACUGAAUAAUGCUGAUGAAGUUUUUUGUACUGGAACUGCUGUUGGCAUUGCUUCAGUAGGUAGCAUCACUUAUAAAGGCAAAAGGAUUGAGUACAAGGAAAAGCUAACAAGUAAGAAAUUGUACUCAAGAUUAAUUGGGAUUCAAAGAGGUGUUAUUGAGGACAGGAGGGAUUGGAUUGUAGAGAUUUAAUGAGCUUUUUUGCCAAGUAAAAUAUAGUUUAGAAUGUACUAGAAUAUUAGUAAGGGUGAAAAAUUAUUUUCACGCUUCGACUUUGUUUUAAAAAUUAAACUUCUCCCUCAAUUCUGAAUAAUAAUUA